AUGACAUAUAGAAUAUACUUUGUUUUUCAGGAGGACGUUCAUUGUCCUUGCGAUUCCCAUGAAGGAAAACUGCUGCUGGACAACGUGUUUCCUCUAAGUGUUGAAGAAAUCUACAAUCUGCUCUUCACUGAUUGUCCAUGGUUCCAGAAGUUCAAUGAUCUGCUGAAAAAUACAGGUUAUGUCGCUUCUGCAUGGACAACAGACAAAAACGGUGUCCGAACACGAACGUGCACGUACACUAUGGCGUUAAAUCAUGCAAUGGCACCAAAAAGCUGCGUGGUUACCGAGAAACAGGUAAUCUCAUAUUUUGGACGUAAUGGUGAUGGUUUCAUCGUAAACAAAGAGUCACAAAACUCUGGUAUUCCGUACGCAAACGAUUUCGUAAUCCAAUGUACGUAUUGUAUCUCAAAGGUCAGCAAUAAUGAAGCUCGAAUAAAAGUUCAUGGUGGCAUCAUCUACAAGAAGAGCAUAUGGAAUGUGAUUCGUUACCUUGAGAAGGGCACCUAUCAAGGCCUAGGCGAUCACUACAGUGCACUUGAGAGAACGUUACGGAUAGAGUGCCAAUCAAGGAUUACCCGACCAGGAAGCGAGAUGAUCGCCAAUAACUACGAUGAAGAUAGGUAA